AUGUCUAGCAACACCCCUGAGACUCACAAGAGGAAUGAUGAAGAUAUACUUGAAGACCUGGAGCUCAGCAAACAGAUCAGCAUGGAGCAAGUGGAGAAACAGGGAAAUACACCUCAACUGGAGAGCAGCGUGUGGAGAAAAAUAGGAAUCACACACCUCAGCAAUGACUGGAAACUGAUGAUCAGGAAUAUCCUUCAAAGGCAGAAAGAUGGAUCAGUUUUCUCCAUGUUGCUGUUUGAACUUGACCAAGGUGAGUUCAAAACCGACGAUACAAGUGGAGCCACGCACAGUUUCCUGAAGCAUCACAUGGGCCCAUCUGUGAUGUUCUUAGCGCCCGCCAUUAUAAGGUCUGCUUUAAACACAACACUCACAGUUUCAAUGAGUGCAGCCAUGGAGAGUACAGAGAAGAUACUGCUGGAGAAAAGCUCUCCAAAGACGAACAAACUGGACCAGAUCAAGACUCUCAAUCUUUCCCGCAUGAAUCUGAAGAGCGAGGAUCUGCCUGUGCCUCUGCUGUCUAAACUGUGUCGUCUAGAGAAGUUGGAUUUGUCUGGGAACAUGUUGCAGAAGAUUCCCAAAGGCCUCCGUCUGCCCUGCCUGAAGAUCCUGAACUGCUCAAACAAUGACAUGGAGGACGUGUCGUCGCUGGAAGCCCUGAAAAACGUAGAGGAACUUAGACUAGAGGACAACCUUUACCUCACAGUGAACGAUGAACACAAAGUGAUCUUCCUGUUACCUAAUCUGAGGAUGUUCAAUGGGAAGGAUAUCAGCUCAACAGCUCAUCAUAUUCGCCAUGGGAGCUCUGAGAUCCUCAGGAAGCGAGUCUUGGGUGUGUGGGAACGAGACUUCAGUCUCCCUGAUCCCAUUUCGACAAUAAAGCCUUGCUGCUGUUGAGAAGAGCUUUGUAGCGCUGCCUGCACAAAANNUCAAAAUGGCCCCAGUUCCUUGAGUGAUUACACAAAGUGGAGGGUCAGUAUUAUUGCAAAAGAGUAUUUGAAGUCCCUGACCAGUAGUGAGGAGGAAGAACAGGUCGCAGACACAACUCCAACAAAGGAGAAUAAGACAAAGGCCCAUGAUGUUGGUGGCAACAGUAUCACAAGUCCUCAAAAACGCACCAGAAACAACACUGAUGUGAUUGCAGAGGCCAGUCCACGAAAGUCAAGUCGCCUGGCGAGUGCAGCUCCGGUUGAGGCUAGUCCACGAAAAUCAGCCCGCUUGUCGAACACUCCACAGAAAACUCAGCCUGUGGUGUCCAGCCCCAAAAAGCAUACAAGAAUGACCAGUGCGGAGACUCCGGAGAGCAGUCCUAGAAAGUCUAGUCGCUUGGAAAAUGUAACUCAGAAAGCUGCUAGCCAAACAGAAAGCCCCAGAAGUGCCAAAGGCCCUGGAAUCUCUACACCCCAAUCAAAACAGGCUAAAUGUGAGAGCCCAAGAAAACAAAGCAAACAGAGCACCGCCAAAACUGAGAAAAGCACACCUCGGAAAACUACCAUAGCCAAACUUCAAGUUCCUCAGGAGCCGGUGAGUCUGACGCCUCUUCAUGUCCUGCAGUGUCACAGUCGACAGAACAGUCCAGACGACUUCAGCACUCAGCUUUGGGCCUGUGCUUUUGAGCCCCAGCAGGACGACAGUAUCGACAUCAGUGGUGGCUCUCGGACAGUUGCCACAUGCGGAGGAGAAACUUUGUGUGUGAUCGACUGUGAAUCAGGACAUGUGCUAAAGAAAUACAAGGUUCCUGGUGAGGAGUUUUUCUCUCUAGCCUGGUCCACGGUGCUGAUGUCCAGAACAGGUGGCUCUGCUCGUCCCUGCAAUAUCCUGGCUGCUGGGGGAAAGAGGGGUUUUGUAAAGCUCAUCCAUCCCAGAGUCAACCUGGCAUUCGGAGAGUUUCGCGCCAGUCGAUGUGCCAUUUCCAUAAUACGAUUCAAUUCACGCAAACCUACCUUUCUCUUCACUGGGACGUAUGAAAAUAAGAUCUUUUUGUGGGACAUCGGUGGACUGGAUCAGGAUUACAACUUUAAAAUCAGUAAGCUGCUAACCCUGGAGACGAGCUCCUCUCCUCUUAAUCUAGCUCUGAUCCCCUCGUCUCCAGACACACAUCUGCUUUCAGGCUGUGAUAAAGGGCUGUACUGCUUUGACGUCCAGCUCAGUAAAAACACACAAAAGAGAAAUGAAGAGAUUGAGAUUGUAUUUCCAAUCUACAAGAAAAAUGACAAGACAAACAACUACCAGACUAUUGAUGGAUUGAGCUUCCUUUCUGAUGAUGUAGUGGCAUCCAAGAGCCACAUGCAGGGCUCAAUCUACCUGUGGAGCUGGAGUGCCACACGGGCAUCAUGGAAUGGCAGAAAGAAAGAGGUGUCGGCUGUUAUUCUGGCAGAGCUGCAAUGGUCCAGUACUGAUAUCCCAUACCUGUCUUUAGGCACCUGCCCAGGUUAUGGUUAUGUAGUAUGUGGAGAUGAGCAAGGCAGACUGUGGAUGUAUCAUAUUACAGACACCAUGAUGGAAAACUUCAAGAGUGGAAAAACAAUCUCAGCCACUGAGGUGCUGCAGUGGCCGUCACCGAUCAGAGCUGGAAAGGGUGCUUUAGAGGGGCCGUCUAUUAACAGCACCGCCAUGGAUCCUGGUCUCCAUUAUUUGGUGGCCCUUACUGACAAGAACAUGGCUGUGGUUUGGAAAAGAGAGAGUCACUGAGUAUUUUGCGCUUUGUUAUUGACUUGAAUAGUAAUCAUGGUUUUGUAAGGAAAACAUGACUUGAAAAGAAAAUUGCAGACUUCACCUGU